ACUUACACCACUCCACGCCACACCCAGAGAUCCGUGUACGUACACGCGAGUCAGUGAGACAACGCACGCACACUUCCUGGCCGCUAGCCAAGUGGAAACGACGACGCGAGGCUCUCCCGCCGCAGCUGCAGUCACAGUUCGACUAUCGCCGCGUCAAGACGUGCCUGUCUCGCUCUUUGUGAUCAUAGUGAAACUUUGACGGAUAAAGAAGCAGCAACCAUGUCGGCUUCUCAGUAUUACCAUGUGCAGUGCACGCCAACCGUCUACCCGGCCGACCCGUUCGAGCCCGAGCUGGACGCGGAGAUGCUCCGGAACGCCAUGAAGGGUAUGGGCACCGACGAGCGCACCAUCAUCGACGUCCUGGCUCACCGCGGCGUCGUCCAGCGCCUCGAGAUCGCCGACAAGUUCAAGACCAUGUACGGCAAGGACCUGAUCAGCGAGCUCAAGAGCGAGCUCGGCGGCAACUUCGAGGACGCCAUCAUCGCCCUCAUGACGCCGUUGCCCCAGUUCUACGCCAAGGAGCUGCACGACGCCAUCAGCGGCGCCGGAACCGACGAGGAGACCAUCAUUGAGAUCCUCGCCUCGCUCAGCAACUACGGAAUCAAGACCAUCUCGGCCGUCUACAAGGAUCUUUACGGCAACGACCUCGAGAGCGACAUCAAGGGCGACACGUCCGGCCACUUCCAGAGACUGCUCGUCUCCCUCUGCUGCGCCAGCAGAAACGAGGAUCCGGACGUGAACGAAGCUCAGGCGACCGCCGACGCCGAGAGGCUGGUCGAGGCCGGCGAGGGCCAGUGGGGAACCGACGAGAGCACCUUCAACGCCAUCCUCAUCACCAAGAGCUUCCCUCAGCUGCGCAAGAUCUUCGACGAGUACGAGAGGAUCACCGGCAACAGCAUCGAGGACGCCGUCAAGAGCGAGUUCUCCGGUAACCUCGAAACCGGUUACCUCGCCGUCGUGAGGUGCGCCCGUGACAAGACCACCUACUUCGCCAAGAGGCUGAAGCACGCGAUGAAGGGAAUGGGAACCGACGACAAGACCCUCAUCCGCAUAAUCGUGGCGCGCUCGGAAAUCGAUUUGGGUGACAUCAAGGAGGCCUAUCAGCAGAAAUACGGCACUCAGCUCGCCGCUGACAUUGAUGAUGACUGCUCGGGAGACUACAAGAGACUAUUGCUUACCUUGGUCGGCUGAAACCUCCACACGCAGCGAUUGUCCUAAAAACAGAAACAAAAAAAAGAAAGAAAGAAAGAACAAACAAUAAUCUCCUGCUUCUUUUGUUUUUAUCAUUAUACAUGUUUUGUUAAUUUAUAAUACUCAUCCUCUGUCACAUAUAUAUAUAUAUAUAUAAAUUAUUGCAAGCAUCGCUCAUACACUUUGGUAUUCUGGAGUUUUUCUCUUCAUCUCUCAUGCACACCUGUGUAUAAUAGCAUAAUUAUAUAGGCAUACAUUAUUGUUGCGGUUUUUUUUUGUAAAUAAAAAAUAGAGAAUCUAGCUUUGCAAGUUCCUUUACUCGAUAAACACAUGCGCAGAUAAAAGUGCUGCUGAUGCGAAUCGCUCGGUGUUGCACGAGAGAGGUACAAUAAUAAACAUGACGCCAGCUUCAGCGCGAGCGCACACACGCUGCAUUCGUAAGUAUACGAGAGAGCGAGACAUUGCAGGCGAGCGGAGUAGCUUGCUUUCAGGGGAAAAAAUGCGGGUUCCAAGUAUGGAUUGGUGUUGGACGGCAGCGACGUCUCGCACUCGCGCUAAAGCAAAGUGUGUCGCUGUUUAUUCUGUUAUACAAUCGCGUUUGUUUAAUAUAUAUGAUGGUUGUAGAGAGGACGUUUUUUCUUUUGGAUUUGAUUUCUGGUAGUUGUAUUUCCAGUAUUUCUGCGUAACAAAGUACAAAGCAAGGAAAACGUUUCAUAUUAUAAAUAUUAAAUUAUACGCCGUAUAUAGUAUUUUUUGAAAAAAUGCAAAGUUGAAUGUAUACCAAAUGUUAUACGACGUAAUUAUAAAAUUUUAAAUUCCUAAUAUUUUGCCUUUCAAUUAUUCAUUUUUUCGUACUAUUGACCUUAUACCGCUUGUUAGCUGAACAUGUACACAAGUUAUUUGUUAGUAACUCAAAAUCUCAUUCACAUAAUCAUACGUACAUACUAUCUAAUAAGAACAUGAGCUUGAUAAAGAAAGUUUAUUGUGUAUCAUUUAAUCGGUACAAAACGUAGAAAAUUCAUGCAUCUUACAAUCUCAGUAAGAUCUUAGUUACAAAAAGUCUUUGCGCAGUUUAACAAAUGAAUAUUUUAUAGUUGCUAUGAGAAAAUGCAAAAUUCCAAAACAUUGGUUUAUCACAACUAACUCGCCAUCCUUUUCUUCAUGUGUAAUCAAGCCUGGGCCAAAAAUAGCUUUCGAUAACCCUUGCUACGAAUGAAACUCAAUUAUAUUGGCUAAUAAAAAUGCGUUUGUUUCAAACAUAACAAUUAGCAAACGUUAAUCAAAAUUAUUUUCAAAAUAUUUUGCAGAGCGAUUGCGGCGGUGAAACCAAAAGGCUCCUGAUAUCGCUGUUGAAUUAAUCCUUAAUGUGCCUUUUCAAGAUUAACGAGCAUCGUGCUAUCGACUAUUUAUCAUCGCAUUCUCUAAUUUAUACUCAAAAUCGUACAUGGAACCGAACAAAUUUUACACACAUUCUUACGUUUUUUUCUUUUUCAUCAAUAAACGCACUGUUACGCUAAAAACAAAAGAAAAGUUUACAUAAUUUCCAAAUUAUCGUACCCAAUUGUACAUAUGACAUAUUCUAUCAAAAUGAAAUAUUUUUAGAACCAAUUAUUUUUAAGCAAUAUAUAUAGCUGUCAAUCAUGUUUGGAGAAAUUUCUUGGAAUUCCAAUGUUACGUUUUUACAGAGCGAUUUUGGCGGAGAGCGGAAACGUAUGUUGAUUGGAAUGCUGAAUUAGGAUCAAGAUUUCACCUCUAUCAGCAGAAUUGAAAACAGCUAUCUUUAGCCCAGCACUUCAAACGUCAUAUAUAAAAAACAUUUACAACUAAUACGUGAAUUCCAUAAACUAUAAAAAUACUUAAUUUUCUCAUCGCCUUCCGUUGCGUUUGUCAAAUAUCGAUGAAUCUAAUGUAUAACAAUACAUUCAAUUCGUAAUUAUUUUUCAUGAAAAAUUCCGUGAGAAAUUCAUCGAAGUAUUUAUAAACAUCGAAUUGUAACAUUAAGUAUAAAAGGUAUAGUAAUGUCUGCAUUUAUAUCAAUACGACCUUUGGCUCUUCUUCGUUAUGUUUUGAUUGAUAUCUCAAAUAAUCAACAGCCUCGUUGAAGGCUCUUUGAAUCUUAGUGCUCAAACUUUGUUGAGUCUCGCAUCCAAAGCAACCAAGUUUAAUUUUCUUGAGGGGCAAAAUUUUGAAGAAAGAUAUUUCAAAUUCGGCGCAUCCAGAAAAACAUUUGUUUUUAACAUCCAGAUGGUAAAAUCGUAAACAAAUCUCCAUGUGCAAUUUGUCAAAAUGAAUCACGCAUAGUGCCGGUGGAUUCUUGGCUGUAAAUUUUAUAUUUUUUUAUUUAUACAGAUUUUUAAAUAAAUUAGCUUUAAUUUUAUUUUGUACAUCUGAGACUGCACUAAUUAAUUAUUACUAUAAUUUUCAAAAAUUAUUGUUCGUUAAUAAUUUACGUGUCAUUAGACGAAAAAAUUAUGGUAACAAUCCAAAUAAUUAUUAGUGUUGUGAAGUUUUAUGUACUAUGUUUUGUUUUGUCAAAAAUGUAUGCAUUUUCCUGAAUUUUUAGUGUAGUCUUAUUUUAUAAAAAUUAUUAUCACUAAA